AAGUUUUAUUCUAACCGACUUUCUAUCAAUAAAUGCAUUUAAAAUGUAUAUAUUUUAACGACCAGCUGGUGGCGCUGUGGCAAUACUCGACUCAAUAACUCGUAGUAGAAGAAGAAAAAGCAGCACGCUGAUAACGUGAUGUUUGUAAAGUAGCCGCAUUUACCAUGACACACGCCGAACAACCCCCGUGCCUCUACUUAGAAGUUUGCAGCCAAAACGAGCAGCUGCGUCUUCCCCUGCACUCUUCUAUAGUUCUGUUUCUGCUGUCUUACUGCGACUGCGAGUCUUUCAGAGUGUUUCUCGUCCUUGGCGACAGCAGCAGCUCCGAGCCUCUGAAGAGCCAGCUUCCAGCAUCUGCAAGUCUCUCAGACGUCCAGGUGGACGAGCUGCCCAAACUGGUGAGCAGCUGCCGCCUCCCCGCUGCUCUGGAUGAGAGCGCGCAGAUCUGCAGGGCCGGACUGGCGGUGGUCCUCAGACACAUCAUCGACAAGAGCAUCGAGGCUGACCCUUCCAGGAAGGAUGUAGCAGCUCUGCUGGGCUUCAAAAAGACCUGCUUAAAAGCCUGUGCAGAGGUGAGCAAGUGGACCAGACUGUGUGAAAUAGGCAUUCCUUCUGCUGUGGAGGAACACCUCCAUAACCCAGGAGAUGUGGGGAAGCAGCUGCCUCUCCCUGUUCUCACCCUGGAGAGCCGGCUAGCAGAACCCGUCAAAGUCCACAACGACGACAAAAUCCGGAGGCAGAAGCUCCAAGAGCAGAAACGCAGGGAGAAGCUGGAGCCUGUUGGAGGCCAGGCGAACAAGGAGCCGUCUCCAGGACGUCCGCCACAGGUUUCUGACGAGCUGGAGCUGAGGGCAGCUUUGGCUAAGCUCUCUGUGGUGUCAGUACCGGCGGUAACCACCAGGGAGAACUCUGAGAUCAGGAAAGUGAAGACCAGCGAGCUGCCGCCACUGGAGCACGUGUUCGCUGAAGGGCUGUAUUUCACUCUGACUGAUGUGGUGCUCUUGCCAUGUAUUCAUCAGUAUCUGUGUUCCCUUCAAGCCAGUGCCCCCAGCGCUCUGCAGCAGCUUCCCAACCUGCUCCGUUGGUACAACCGUGUUCAAGAGGUGCCCGGUGUCAUGCGGGCAGCAAAAGACUGUGGGCUUCAUCUGUCCACCCUCCAAGUUGCCACGACUUGCCCUCCAUGGCCGUCAGCCCAUCCUUCAGCGACCCUGCUGGAGGAAGAGGGAAGUCAGGAGACGACCACGCCACUUCCGUUCGUCGGGGGCCCCCGGCCAACGAUGACCAAACUUAAAGAAAAUGGCAUUGAGGCAAUCUUUGCUUCCCAUCCUUGUCCUUCCUGGAAUCUCCCAUGGGACAGUUUACCAAGCGCUAUAAACCCCACUGAAGGUAAAAUGUCAAAUAUUCGUGCAAUCAGAAAGAUGCAACAGCUGAAUAACUUAAUCGCCAUGGUUACGGACCUAGCCAGGCCAGGAGAUACAAUCGUGGAUUUCUGCAGUGGAACGGGCCACGUAGGGAUCGUUCUUGCUCACACUUUUCCAGACUGUCAGAUUAUUCUCAUAGAAAACAAAGAAGAGUCCUUGGUCAGGGCCCGGAGUCGGAGCGCCCAGCUCGGUUUGAAAAACAUCGGUUUCAUUCAGACCAACUUGGAUUACUUCACUGGGCCGUUUCACAUCGGGGUGAGCUCAACAAAUAAAGUUGCCCUCCAUGCAUGUGGCAUUGCAACCGACAUGGUGCUGGAGCAUUGCAUUCAGGCUGAGUCCGCCUUUGUCAUCAGUCCUUGUUGCUACGGUUUCAUACAGAAUGCAGUGAAGUUCACCUUCCCCAAGAGUGAACAGUUUCGGAAAACUCUGACAUAUAAGGAACACAUGAUCCUCUGUCGUUUUGCAGACCAAACUGCUGUUCAGCUCCCACCUGAGAGACGUCUCAUCGGGAAACAGUGUAUGGGCUUGGUGGACUUGGAUCGUUCCUGGGCAGCAGAGGCUUCUGGGUACUCUGUGCAGGUGAUUACUAUGGAGCCUGAAAGCUGUUCACCAAAGAACAACAUGCUUGUGGGAAGACCGCCGCAGAGGAGAGGCUGCUAAAUGGCUCGUAUGACCAGAAGAACACUAUGCAUGUGUCAAAGAAGAGCAUCAUCUGAUUGGUCAGAUCCAACUGAGGAUCUCUAUCUGUGGUUCUUUUUAUUACUAUUAUUACAUUUUUUUUGUUCUGGAUGCUUUUUGAAAGGCUUUCAAAUUUAGCCAAUAAAUAAAAAAAAAAGUUAUUAUAUUCAAAAGUUCUAUUUCGAGAAUUUUUUGCGGUUUACCUCAAAAGCAAGACAUUGAUAAUUGUGUGAGGAGGAACACAGGAACUGUCCUCUGAACACCCUAAUGUUUGACUGCUUUCCUGCAGCCGCAGUGUUUCACUUUUGUCUGCUUGCGAUCAAGCUGUCGGUGUACACAAGUAGCAGGAAUUACACGCCCACAGUGUUAAUUAAGCAUACGUCCAUAUUUGCACAGUCUGUGAGGAAGCACUCAUGCGCUUCCUUUGAUUAGCAGUUGGAGGAAAAUUCCAAACUGAGGCCACAUCUGCAGUUUAGGAUGAGAUGGAAAUCACCUCAUCGCGUUUUAACUAGGAGAGACAGCAAUUCGCAGAGACAGAAAUUGGAUUUUUAACAUCCAUCGUAGCAUUCAAAUAUUAGCUUUCUGUGGGAUUACAGAGAUCUUCAUCUUUUCUGAUGAAGAACCACUGGGAACACGGUAUGCAUCCUGUAAUACGCUCAGCAGCAAUGAAUAUUUGAUGGUACUGGCAUAAAAAAAGGGUCAGUAGGCUUGAUUGGACAUGAGGUGCUCAGAGUUUUACUAAUAAAGAAAAAAAAAUUGC